AUGUUUGCCGAUAAGAAAAAGAAGAAGGGUGUUAAUAUAAUUGCAUUUUCUGUUUUUGCCAUCUUUUGCUUCAAAUUUUACGGUGUAAAUGCUGUCAAGUUACCGAAGAGUGAAGUCGAUGCUCUGGAGCAAAUCGCCAAGACACUGGGGUCUAAGUUCUGGAAAUUUGAUGCCGAAAAUUGUAAAAUCGAACAAGUGGGGCUAACAGAGACUCCUCCCUCGAGUGCUAAGCAAGAAAUAGAAUGUGAAUGUAGUCCCACUGACGAAACUGAUUGUCAUAUUAUCAAAAUUGCAUUCAAGGAUCAUAAUCUUCCAGGAACUCUUCCUCCGGAAAUAACAGAGCUUCCCUACCUCCAGGAAAUAGACUUCGCAUACAACUACCUCAAUGGGACAAUACCACUUGAAUGGACUACCACAAAUUUAACAACUAUCUCUGUUCUUGUAAAUCGGUUGUCAGGGCCAAUUCCAAAGGAGCUCGGAGACAUGACUUCAUUAACUUCCUUAGAUCUCGAGUCAAAUGCGUUUACUGGAACCAUUCCUGAGGAGCUAGGCAACUUAGCCAACUUGGAAAAACUGUUGCUUUCCUCAAACCAGUUGACUGGAAGUUUGCCAGAUUCAUUAGCUAAACUAGAGAAGAUGGAAGAUUUUAGGAUUAACGAUCUCCAACUCACUGGAAGGAUACCUAGUUACAUAAAAAACUGGACGGGACUCAAGAGACUUGAAAUGAUUGCCUCUGGUCUCACCGGUCCAAUCCCAUCAGUCAUCUCAACUUUUAGCAAAAUGAAAAAUCUGAGGAUCACAGAUAUAGGUGGACCAGUCCAACCAUUCCCUGCUUUAAAGAACUCAACAGAGUUCUCUAAGCUGAUCUUGAAGAACUGUAACAUUGCUGGAAAAAUACCUACCUAUCUUUCCUCCUUGAAGAAUCUGGAGACACUGGAUUUGAGUUUUAACAAGUUAGUUGGGACAAUUCCUGGGUUUGCGCAUGCAGAAGAUCUACGGUUUAUAAUAUUAACUGGAAAUAAGCUCGAGGGAGAGGCUCCAGAGGAAUUACUAAGGGAUGGAAUCACUGCAGAUCUUUCGUAUAAUAACCUCAAGUGGCAGAGUCCUGAGAGUAGUUCUUGUCGACCACACAUGAAUCUGAAUCUAAAUUUGUUUCAGAGCACAUCCACAAAAAAAUCGAGCAAGUUUCUGCCAUGCAUCAAAGAUUUUGUAUGUCCUAAAUAUUAUAGCUGCCUCAAUAUAAACUGUGGUGGAAGCGACAUAACAGUAAACACAAACAAAAGCAAAAUCAUAUAUGAAGGAGAUGGAGAAGUUGAAGGUGGUGCUGCUACGUACUAUCUGAAGCCUGAGGCUAAUUGGGGAUUCAGCAGCACAGGGGACUACAUGGACGACAACAAUUUCCAAAACACAAGAUUCACUAUGUAUGUCCCCACAUCUAAACUGUCUGAACUCUACAAAACCGCACGAAUAGCCCCAGUGUCUCUCACUUACUUCCAUGCCUGCUUGGAAAAUGGAAAAUACACUGUUAACCUAGACUUUGCUGAGAUGAGAUUCACCAAUGAUGAUACUUACAGCCGGCUUGGAAGGCGUAUCUUCGACAUUUACGUCCAGGAGAAACUUGUUUUAAAAGACUUCAACAUCAUGGCUGAAGCAAAGGAAGCUCAAAAACCUAUAACAAAAUCAUUUACUGUUAAUGUGACUAACCACUUCUUAGCUAUCCGGUUGGGUUGGGCCGGUAAAGGAACCACCAGGAUUCCUGAAAGAGGGGUUUAUGGUCCUAUCAUAUCGGCCAUUUCCAUAUUUUCAGAUUCUAAGCCAUGCACAGACCCGGGAAGUGGAAUGAGCACUGGAGCGUAUAUUGCACUUGGAAUUGGAGUCCCAUGUCUUAUUAUCUUUCUACUAGGAGUUCUUUGGUUUUGUGGUUGUCUUCCAUGUUUUGGGAGACGAAGAGAUCCUAAUGAAGAAGAGUUGCCUUCUGGAACUUUUACGUUACGGCAAAUCAAAGCUGCUACUAAUGACUUCAGUCCAGCUAACAAGAUUGGAGAAGGUGGUUUUGGUCCUGUAUUCAAGGGUGUGUUAUCAGAUGGAAGAGUUGUAGCAGUUAAGCAGCUCUCAUCUAAAUCAAGACAAGGGAACAGAGAGUUUCUAAACGAGAUAGGUGCAAUAUCCUGUCUUCAACAUCCUAAUCUUGUCAAGCUUCAUGGCUUCUGCGUCGAGCGGGCUCAGAUGUUGCUUGUGUAUGAAUGCAUGGAGAACAACAGUUUAGCUCAAGCGUUAUUCAGUCCAAAGGAUAAACAGAUUCCUAUGGACUGGGCUACGAGGUUUAAUAUUUGCUGUGGGGUUGCAAAAGGAUACAUGGCACCAGAAUACGCACUUUGGGGAUACUUAUCUUUCAAAGCAGAUGUCUACAGCUACGGUGUUCUGGUCCUAGAGAUCGUUGCUGGCAUAAACAACAGUAGUUUCAUGGCGGCAGGAGAUGAAGUCUGUCUUUUGGAAUGGGCUACUCAGUGUGAAGAGGCAGGACACUUGAUGCAAGUUGUGGAUGAGAGAUUGAGACCUGAAGUGAACAAGAAAGAAGCAGAGGCUGUAAUAAAAGUGGCUCUUGUGUGCACGAACGCUUCUCCGACAGAUCGUCCUAUAAUGUCGGAGGUUGUUGCAAUGCUCGAAGGUUUCUAUCCAGUGCCUGAUUCAACUCCUGGAACAAGCAAGAAAUCAGGGGAUAUAAGGUUUAAGGCCUUUAAAGAUGUAAGGAAAGGCAUGGAUAACGACAGUAAGACGCAGUGUUCUGUUAACAGUUAUCCAUCUUCUUCUUUUUCUUCAUCUACUAAUGUGGAUGCUAAUGUGGCUGGACAAGAAAAAAAGCAAGACGAGCCAAGGAGCUGA